CGCUCUCAGCAGUCAGCCCCAGCGCCCCGCGCCGCCACUCGCUCUUCUUCCAUCCCUCGCCGGCCGCCGCCUCCGUCACCGGCCGCCGCAGCCCCAAACCCGCGGGAGAGAGGAGGCGGCUUCAAGGAAAGAUGGGGUGGAAGGCUGCGGAGAAGCUCAUCAGGCACUGGAAGAUACUCCGCGGUGACAACGUGAUGAUCAUCAGAGGCAAGGACAAGGGGGAGACCGGGCUCAUCAAGCGGGUCAUUCGGUCCCAGAAUCGCGUCAUCGUCGAGGGCAAGAACUUGGUUAAGAAACACAUUAAGCAAGGGGAAGGGCACACAGGUGGUAUUUUCUCAAUAGAAGCUCCACUUCAUGUUUCGAAUAUCCAAGUAGUUGAUCCUGUGACUGGGAAACCAUGUAAAAUUGGAUAUAAGUAUUUGGAAGAUGGGACCAAAGUCAGAUUCGCCAGAGGAAUGAAUGCAUCUGGUGCUGUGAUACCCCGGCCAGAAAUUCUGAAGGAGAGAAAAAAGCCGAGACCCACAUCACCUGGCCCAAAGGAUACACCAAUUGAGCUUGUGCUGGAGAAGACCUACGAUGAGAAAGCUGGGGUUGGUAUGCCUGAUCUAUAGAUGCCAUGGUUGUUGUGCUGAGUUUAGUAUUUGUCAGGUCCUAGUUAAGGUGUUAGGGGUUCGAUGACUGUUACAGUUGUACUGUGCUUCCCUAUAAUAAUCAUGUAUUAAAAAUCGAAAGAGUCAUUGUGGGCAUGCAUGUUGUCUUUCUUUUGUCCGAGUAUUCGGUUCUGCAGAAAUGCAUUCUUGGAUGAGAAAUGGCAAAGAUCUGUAUCUUCUUAAUGAUAUAUCCAGUGAUGAUGAACUGGCUCUUGGUGAAUGCUGUUA